AUGUCAGACGAAAGCAGUGAUGAGUUGUUUGCUAGUGCCGACGAGGGCUCUGAUAAUGAACACAUUGUUCUACAAUCAUCGGUGAAGGCCCAAUCAACCACGGGCAGAUGUACAGGUGCUCAGGGUGAUGAAUCACGUGAUGUGCCUCUUGGUUUACUCAUCGAUAUCAGCACAGCACAAACAGGUGUCAAAAAGUUCGAUGAUGCGACACAAAGGCCCGACAAUCUCCACUCCACCACUGACGCUAAACUCGGUAACUUCGGGCAGAACCGCACAAACGAAUGGGACUCGUGGGACGUGAGUUCGGCGUCCGUCGCAGACAAAGACCAGGGUGUCGAAUGUUACGUCCACAAAGAAGGUACCCCCAAGUUGUCCUGUCGACCAGAUCUCGUGCAGAAGAUUCCAGACUCAUCGACUGAUCCCUGGUUUUCCGACCAGGUUGAUCUUUUGCAAAGUCCCACGGCAGAUGUUAGCGGUGAUCUGUUGCAACCCGUGAAGGUUACAUCCGGGAUUUGCGAAACUCCAGACCAAUUGCAUCAGAAUGCAACUGCACAUGCACCCAGUGACGUCACUAAAACGCAAGAACUGUUCUCUGUGCCUCCUACUGCUCAGGAAAUUUGUUUAACCGAGGUUGUGCCAUCCAGAGAAGAAGAAGACGACGAAGACAGUUUUCCCGUUGUUAAAGCAUCUGGAACAGUGGAUAAGUCUCCGUCGGAGGUAUUGCCGCAAGUUUUCGGUAAUGCUGCAGUUAUUGGUGAAGAUAAUGUCGGGACGUUGGACGGAAGCCAACUUGCGACAUCCAAAGACGACCUUGGUUGUCAAGCCAUAAAAAUGUCUUCCCAUGGCACACGAGAUUCCGAAAGAAGGCAAGGACGACAGAAGGAAACAGGCGUCGAUUCCAGCCUCGUAGAGGGAUCACGAGAGGGUAGUGAACCGGUGAAGAAGAAGGUAGAAUCGAUCGCUGAGACAGACUCUUGGGGCUGUGAACAGUCAGUGGAUCAAAAAGUUGAUGAAUCGGAGCCGGUGGAGGAAGGUGAUGCCUGGGAUCUGGAAGAUGAUCCCUGGACUAGCCCUAAAACUGCCGAAGACGAGUUCGAUUCAGAAGCUCCGGCUCAAACCGUCCCAAGUCAAGACUACGGAAAAGGGUUUGCCGCGAAAUCUGGAGGAUUUGCCGCCACAACCACCACAACGACCACCUCGUCCAACAGCAUGGGGCCAAACUCCAGAGACUCGAACCGUUUGGCGAGUCAAAGGCACGUUUGGGACGACGACGAUGCCUGGAACAUCGGCGACAACUGGGACAGUGUUGAGGACAUAGACCAGACGUCUGGGGUGAAGUCGUCGCCACCGCAGCAGCACGAAGAGGAAGAGGCUGAGCGAGGUGAGCAGGAGUUCGCGUCUGUGGCGACGGCUUUGGUCAAGUCAGUUGGCGGUGGACUAGUCAACCUCGUGGAAGGCUUCAAACUCGCCAAUCUCUCCUCAACACUGUCCGCUUUCGACGAAAAUCCCACAGCUGGGCGUCCAGUCAGUUGUGAUGCGCCGGAGCACCACCAACCAGCUGAUGCGCCACAACCCUCUAACGAGUCCAGCAGUGGCUGGACGGUUUGGGGUCUGGGGUCGUUGGCCAAGUCACUCACAUCCACUGUGGAGAACACGGGCAUGCAACUGCUCCACGGUGGAGUCGACGUGCUUGAACACAUCGGCCGAAAGACCUUCACAGCACUGAAGGAAAACGAUCCCGGACUGGUCUACACCAAGCGCAUCUUCCGACCUGUUGAACGUGAACAGACAACGUCGAGUCUUUCGCAGGUAUCUCUCCUGCGUGAGGCGAGUUCUCAUCCCCCCCACGAGACGUCGGCGUCCGGCGGCCCCGCGUGCGUUUCAGCUGCUCGUCGCGGCGACUUCGUCUCCCAGCUCGAGUCUCGACUGGGCACGGUGCACAUGGAGGCCCUGGAGUUGCUCAGUUCCCGCGCUUCUGCGCGUCUUGGCACCAAACUCGCGCGUCUUGAAGCCGUCACUGGCGACGACCAGUCCAGCGUCGUCGACAGUCUCACGCGUGAGGGCGGUGUGCUCGACAAGAUCUGGCAUACGCUUCACUUGAAGGAUCGUGAGGCAGAGGAGACAGAGGAAGCGUGUGGCUUUUCGGCAUCCUCGCUUUCAGACGCCUUGUCUGUUCUGGACGCCGUAGUUCCCGGUUCGACUCUUCAAAAGACCUGCAGUGAACUCCAGGAGAAGAGCAAGCACCUCACCUCUGACCUUCCAGUAAUGGAGAUCUUCUGCUGUGCCAUCGAGGCGUUAGCUGAGGUGACCGCGUCGAAUUUGGCGUACCUCCACAAGCUCUCCGAGUGCCUCCUUUUAGCACAGCCCGAUCGCCUCAUUACUGGCUUCCUUGACAUCGCCGAAAAAGUGUCAAUCGUUGUAACUGAAUCGAAGAUGUUGAAUGACUGCUUGUGUUCUACGUACGGCGAGCAUUUGAAUCAGUCGCCUACGCGCCAGGAAUUGUCUCACGUGUGCGUUAUAUAUGCUCGGUUUUUUUGUCAGACCACGAAUUCCAGUGAUCUGGGCGAGGUGACGACAAAUCGCCGGCUGGUGGCGAAUCUCUUCCUGGAAACCAAUCUGGCGAACGGUUACCUCGACGAGGCCGCAGCGCACCUAGCGCCAAUCAUGCAAGUGGCUUGUGUAGACUCCAUCUUCCCCGAGCAGCCAAUCAGACGCGGCUAA